AUGUCAUGGGCACUGCAGGUGUGCGCUGCGGUGGGACGCACAGGCUGGUUCCGGGGAGAUGUCAGCAAGGCCCUGCAGCCUAGGGCACUGCCUGUUCCACAUUACCCAUUGGGAGGAUUGCUUGAGGCCAGGAGUUUGGGGGCGCUGCUCAGCUUCGCGCUCCUGGCAGUCGCGGUCACCAGCGACUGCUGGUCCGUUCUGGAGGUGGCGGACGCCGGCAAUCACAGCUCCGGGCCGGGGCGCGCAAAGCAGCUCUCCUCGCACCACUCGGGGCUCUGGCGCAUCUGCGAAGGGCAGAACAGCUGCAUACUCGCCAGCGAGAGCCUGGAUGCCUCCACCUCCACCUCGGUGCAGCACCUCAUCUCGCUGCACCGCGCAGUCAUGGUGGUCCUGCCCCUGAUGCUCCUCGCGUGCGGCUGGAUCUGCGGACUGCUCAGCUCCCUGGCCCAGAGAGAGCCUCUGCCGCUCUUCACCUGCUGCUGCUUCCUGUUGGGGAGUGCCCCGACCCUGGCAGGGGUCAGCAUCUACAUCAGGUAUGCAUACCUGGCCUUCACGGAGACUGCACGGCAGCACGGCCCGAAGCAUGUGCAGGGUGUUCACGUCAGCUUCAGCUGGUCCCUGGCCCUGGCCUGGGGCUCCUGUGCCUCGGAGGCCCUCAGCGGAGCCCUCCUGGUCUCAGCGCUGAGAACCCCACUCUGUGGUCAUCUGAGUCCCCAGCAGGUGGGGGAGAGGCACAAGAGCCAGUGCUGCCUCCAUUCCCGAGAUGUCCCUGGGAGAAAAGGAGGUGUCUGUUAA